UGUAGAGAGAGUUACACCACGUCGCUUAAGUCGACGGUCUUGAAGUAAGCUUCCCAGCUCCCCAGCUCCCCAAUGCAGGUAUCCGUUCUGUCGUGCGACUACGACUGUUACGACUUGCGACUAUGCCUAUCCGGAAUACUGACCAUGAUAGCUAUCGCUACGAAAACGGGCGACGGUACCACGGAUUCAAGGACGAUGGUGCGAAGUAUUUCUUUCCCAACGACGACGAGGAGAACGACCGUCUGGACUUGUACCACCACAUCCAGACGCUGCGACUUGAUGGUGAACUGCACCUCGCGCCCAUCGGCCAGGACCCCCAGAGGAUCCUGGACAUCGGCACUGGAACGGGAAUCUGGGCGAUUGAUAUGGGUGAUAAGUACCCCUCCGCCGAAGUCCUAGGCAACGACAUCUCGCCCAUCCAACCCUCCCUCGUGCCCCCAAACGUCAAAUUCGAAGUCGACGACCUCGAAGACGAAUGGGUCUAUUCCUCCAAAUUCGACCUCAUCCACGCGCGGUACCUCGCCUGCGCGAUCCGCGACUGGCCCAAACUAAUGGCCCAAGCCUACAAAUACACCAAACCAGGCGGCUGGGUCGAAUUCCAAGACUUCGACUGCUCCUUCUACAGCUCGGCGGGCAGCGACUACACGCCCGACAGCCCGUUCGCGCAAUGGGUCGAGAAGACGACGUCCGGGCUGCGGAAGUUCGGCGUCGAGACCGACCCGGGCCCCAAGAUCGAAGGCUGGGUCAAAGACGCGGGCUUCGUGAAUGUGGAGGUGAAGGUCCUGCCGAUGCCGAUUGGGCCCUGGGCGAAGGAUAAGACGCUCAAAGAAAUCGGCGCAUUCAACCUGAUCCAGCUCCUCGACAACAUCGAGGGCAUGACGCUGCGGAUCAUGGAGACGGCGUGGGGGUGGUCGGCGGCGGAGAUCAAGGUGUUCUGCGCGCAGGUGCGCGCGCAGCUGAAGAACCCGAGGCUCCGGCUGCAGCAUAAUUAUUACGUCGUUUAUGGGCAGAAGGGGGAGGAUGUCGUGGAUUGAUCGAUUGAUCGGGGGAAGGGGGAAUGCAUCGGAUGGGCGUUUGAAGCGAUGAUGAUAGCGAACGGCCUUGGGGCAGCAUUUUGAAGGACAUGCAUGAAUCAUGAUGAUACGCAU